AGGCCCGGGGAUUAGUUGGUUUCGGAGCAGAGGAGGGAGCCCCGGCCUUCGCGAGCGCUGAGGAGACAAAGCCGCGUCCGGGGAGCCCGGCCGGGGGUGGGCCCGGGGCUCGGUGGCUCGCCAGACCGCGGGGAGAGCUCAGCAGACCCGCGCGCCGCCCCGCCACCCGCUGCCGCCUUGCAACAGGUCCGCCGCCUCCCGGGCGGCCUCCCUCAGCGCUCCCCUCCCCCGCACCGCGCGACCCCCGGGGCGCCUCCGCUCGGCUCCGGGCCGCGGUCUGGCCACCCGCUUCGAUGCGGUUCGGGUCCAAAAUGAUGCCGAUGUUUCUCACCGUGUACCUCAGCAACAAUGAGCAGCACUUCACGGAAGUCCCAGUUACCCCGGAAACCAUCUGCAGAGAUGUGGUGGAUCUGUGCAAAGAACCCGGCGAGAGUGACUGCCACCUGGCCGAAGUCUGGUGUGGCUCCGAACGUCCAGUGGCUGAUAACGAGCGGAUGUUUGACGUCUUGCAGCGGUUUGGGAGUCAGAGGAGUGAAGUUCGCUUCUUCCUUCGCCACGAGCGCCCCCCUGGCCGGGAUGUGGGGGUUGGACCAAGGUCUCAGGAUCCAAGUUUAAAAAGAAAUGGUGUGAAAGUUCCGGGUGAGCAUCGGAGAAAGGAGAAUGGCGUUCAUAGUCCUAGGAUGGAUCUGACUCUUGCUGAACUUCAGGAAAUGGCCUCUCGCCAACAGCAACAGAUUGAGGCCCAGCAACAAAUGCUGGCCACUAAGGAGCAGCGCUUAAAGUUUUUGAAACAGCAAGAUCAGCGUCAACAGCAGCAGGCCGCUGAGCAGGAGAAGCUAAAGCGACUCAAAGAAAUAGCUGAGAAUCAGGAAGCUAAGCUAAAAAAAGUGAGAGCACUGAAAGGCCACGUGGAACAAAAGAGGCUGAGCAACGGGAAACUUGUGGAGGAAAUUGAGCAGAUGAAUAGUUUGUUCCAGCAAAAGCAGAGGGAGCUCGUUUUGGCCGUGUCCAAAGUGGAAGAACUCACAAGACAGCUAGAGAUGCUCAAGAAUGGCAGGAUUGACGGUCACCAUGACAACCAGUCCGCGGUGGCUGAGCUCGAUCGGCUGUACAAGGAGCUUCAGUUAAGAAACAAGCUGAACCAGGAGCAGAAUGCCAAGCUGCAACAACAGAGGGAGUGUUUGAAUAAGCGCAAUUCAGAAGUGGCGGUCAUGGACAAGCGUGUUAAUGAACUCAGGGACCGGCUGUGGAAGAAGAAGGCGGCGCUGCAGCAGAAAGAGAACCUUCCAGUUUCGUCUGAUGGACACCUGCCCCCGGCGGGGGCGUCGGCGCCGAGUCGCGUGGCCGCCGUCGGGCCCUACAUCCAGUCGUCCACCAUGCCCCGGCUGCCUUCGCGGCCCGAGCUGCUGGUGAAGCCAGCCCUGCCCGACGGGCCCGGGGCCCCCCAGGCUUCCGAGGGGCCCAUGAAAGUCCAGACACUGCCCAACAUGAGAUCUGGGGCCGCUUCGCAAGUGAAAGGCUCUAAAAUCCACCUGCUUGGCCCUGAUUGGACGCCUCCAAAUGCAGAUCUUUUCUCGAGCCAGUCCUCUGCUUCUGCACCUAAAAGCUCUGGGAAUGCUCCAGACCAAGCUGAUGAUGGGGAGGUUCCACUGAGGGAGAAGGAGAAGAAAGUGCGUCCCUUUUCGAUGUUUGACACAGUGGACCAGUCUGCUGCCCCACCCGCCUUUGGUACCCUGAGGAAGAACCAGAGCAGUGAGGAUAUCUUGAGAGAUGCUCAGGCCGCAAAUAAAAAUGUGGCUAAAGUACCACCUCCUGUUCCGUCAAAACCAAAACAGAUUAAUUUGCCUUAUUUUGGACAAACGAAUCAGUCUCCGUCAGACAUCAAGCCAGAUGGAACUGCUCCGCAGUUGGCGACAGCAGUUGCGUCCAUGGGAAAUAAACCCAAACCGGCAGGGCAGCAGCAGAGGGUCCUGCUGGCCCCUGGCGGACCUUCGAUUGGCCAAGCGGACCAGGCCCACCCUCCAGGUUCUAAGCAAGAAAGUCCUCCUGCUGCCGCCGUGCGGCCCUUCACGCCUCAGCCGUCCAAGGACACGCUCCUCCCGCCUUUCAGGAAACCCCAGACGGUGGCCGCCAGCUCCAUAUACUCCAUGUACACGCAGCAUCAGGCGCCUGGGAAAAACUUCCAGCAGGCCGUGCAGAGCGCCCUGACCAAGUCCCACGCCCGGGGGCCGCACUUUCCCAGCGUAUAUGGCAAGCCUGUGAUUGCUGCCGCCCAGAACCAGCAGCCACUCCCAGAGAACAUUUAUUCCAAUAACCAGGGCAAACCUGGCAGCCCGGAGCCCGAAAUAGACCCCAUUUCUUCCGUUCAGGAGACCCAUGAAAACGAAAGAAUUCCUCGGCCCCUCAGCCCAACCAAACUGCUGCCUUUCUUAUCUAAUCCUUACCGCAACCAGAGUGACGCUGACUUGGAAGCCCUGCGAAAGAAGCUGUCUAAUGCCCCACGGCCCCUAAAGAAACGCAGCUCUAUCACAGAGCCAGAGGGUCCCAAUGGGCCCAACAUCCAGAAACUUCUGUACCAGAGGACCACCCUUGCCGCCAUGGAGACCAUCUCCGUCCCAGCGUACCCAUCCAAGGCCCCCUCUGCGACUGCCAGCCCUGAAAGCCCGGGGGAGAUCCAGAAUCCCUACUUACACGUGGAGCCGGAGAAGGAGCUGGUCGCUCUAGCCACGGAGCCGGGGGCCCCCGAGGGAGGCGGGGGCGCCAGCACAGAGGGCAGCGACGCGCCAGCCCCUCCGCCGGGCCUCGAGUACGUGCCCGAAGGGCUCCCGGACAGCAGCCCCAGUUUCCAGGACAGCGUGGAAGAUCCGAACCCAGAGGCCCCCCCUCUGCUCGAAGUGUACCUGGAGGAGUACCCCCCGUACCCGCCCCCGCCGUACCCGUCUGCGGAGCCCGAAGGCCCCGGGGAAGACUCGGGCAGCUUGAGGCCGCCUGAGAUCACGGGCCAGGGGUCCCUGCCUCCUGGCAAGAGGACAAACUUGCGGAAAACGGGUUCAGAGCGGAUUGCUCAUGGAAUGAGGGUGAAAUUCAACCCCCUUGCUUUACUUCUGGAUUCUUCUUUGGAGGGAGAAUUUGACCUCGUACAGAGAAUUAUUUAUGAGGUUGAUGACCCAAGCCUGCCCAACGACGAGGGCAUCACAGCUCUGCACAACGCAGUGUGUGCAGGUCACACGGAAAUUGUGAAAUUCCUGGUGCAGUUUGGUGUCAAUGUCAAUGCUGCCGACAGUGACGGAUGGACCCCGCUGCAUUGCGCUGCCUCCUGUAACAACGUCCAGGUGUGCAAGUUUUUGGUGGAGUCAGGAGCCGCUGUGUUCGCCAUGACCUACAGUGACAUGCAGACAGCCGCGGAUAAGUGCGAAGAAAUGGAGGAAGGCUACACCCAGUGCUCUCAGUUUCUCUAUGGCGUUCAGGAGAAAAUGGGCAUAAUGAAUAAAGGCGUCAUUUAUGCACUUUGGGACUAUGAGCCUCAGAACGAUGACGAGCUGCCCAUGAAGGAAGGGGACUGCAUGACAAUCGUCCGCCGGGAGGACGAAGAUGAGAUCGAGUGGUGGUGGGCCCGCCUGAACGAUAAGGAGGGAUACGUUCCCCGAAACUUGUUGGGGCUAUACCCACGAAUUAAACCAAGGCAAAGGAGCUUGGCCUGAAACUCUGCAGAAUUUUAGUUAAUAAAGAAUUCAUCUCUUUUCCCACUAAGAAAAAAAUAACAUGAUCGUUUAUGGCAUGAAUUUCACCGGACUGACUUUAGUGACAAAGUAACUUGAAAACGAUGAAGAACGAACGGGCCCUGGAAGCAAAGGAAGGUUUGGAGAAGCCACUCAGCGGAGCCCCUGAGCGGGCAGAGCGCUUCAGGAAGCUGCUCACCAGCCGGGGACCCACUCUCUGAAAGAUACAGUGACAGUCCUGUCCUCGGCAAGACACAGGACCACUUAUUGGGCUCCUGGGAGACCAGCUUCACGUCCUGCCUAAGGUGGCAUUUUUCUUGGAGUUCCUGUUGUGGCUCAGCGGUAACGAACCCGACUUGCACCCAUGAGGAUUCAAGUUCAAUCCCUGGCCUCGCUCAGUGGGUUAAGGAACCAGCAUUGCCAUGAGCUGUGGUGUAGGUCACAGAUGCCGCUCAGAUCUGACGUUGCUGUGGCUCUGGUGUAGGCCGGCAGCUGUAACUCCAAUUCAACCCCUAGCCUGGGAACCUCCAUAUGCCGCGGGAGUGGCCCUGAAAAGACCCAAAAUAAAACAAAACAAAAAAAAGUGGCGUUUUUCAUCAGGUGCCCCUGUGCCUGACCUCCCACCAGAAGGACCAGUGCCAUCAUGGUGCCAUCUCCCGUGCCCCCCAGCACCAGCAGGCCCUCAGGGGACUCUCCUGGAGACUCGAAGGUGCCACACACUGUGUAUCGUCCGUGAAGAACUGUUUGUUGGUUGUCAGUGAGCAAUACUUUGUGAUACGAGUUCUUGUAGCUUCAUAUAUUUGAAAUGUUGAAACCACACUACACUACAGAUCAUUAGAUUUAGAAUCCUGUUUUUAGGCUGAAAUUUGAAUCUCUAUUUAUUGUCUUUUGUAUCUCAGAAAUUAGAGACUUGAUACAGACUUACCUAUGAUAUUUGUCAAAAUCCUAGCUGACUUUAAAACAAUUAUAAUAAAAUUCACCUUUUUGACUCGAA